UAAGAUGAUACAUUACUAGCUGCCCGCCUCAUUGGCAUAAGUGGAUUUCAGUAGUUCCACACAUCAUUCUCUAAAGUUAAUUUUAUUUCUAUUAACAUAGUUGUAUGACACGAAAUAAUGGCUCGGUUUGCUCGAAUUUUUACGCUCAUACUUGUGCUUCUUGUUGCGCAAAGUAAAACUGGUGUCAUUUCUCCUGACCGGCAAUUGCCGACUCGAGAGAGCCUGAAAGCGCGUGUUGAGAGUGCCGUGUUGCUAUUAGAUAAAAGUAUUGAAUCGCUAGAAGAAAUCAAGUCCUGGGCAAUCAAACACCACAAGGAUACCAAUAUCGUGCAAACCGUAGGAACCUCUGUCGGAACCAUUGGCACCAUAGGCGUUAUUGCUGGAUUCUUGUUUUCCUUCUUCACUGGUGGAGCAUCAGCAUUUUUGGUUGUUCCUUCGCUGGUGGCUUCCGUUGGCGGAGGAGUCACAUCUCUCGGUGCCGGCAUAAAUGAUAUCGUAAAGACAAACAGUUACAACGACAGAGCGGCACGAAUUCUCGAAGAAACUAAUCGACAAUUUAAGCAAUUUGAAGAAGAAAUGUCGGUAGCCAUUGCCUAUAUUGAAAGUACAAAGGAAUUCCUCAAGAAUAAAUAUGGUAUCGAAGAUUCGGCCGCAAGUAGAAUCAUAUCGGAAAUCAGCAAACACGGUUCCAGCAUACCAGUGACGGUUUUGAGGGCUACAGGAGCAAUAGAAGCAGUUGAAAUGGCCAAUGCAGUCAACAUCGUACGAGAAGGUAUCCUUCCAGCUAGAACCGCACAGACGGUCCGCCAAUCCCUGUCCGCCGUUGAGCGUCAAAUUAUGUCCGAAUUUCUGAGCACUCCAGAGCUUUUUAAGGAACACGCUAAGUUGGUCAAACGUAACAUAGCGAAGCUGUAUAAGGUAGCUGCUUUCAAUUUCGCUCUCAUGGGUGUAAGUGUGGGCCUUAACAUCUGGGAAAUUAUAAGUCUCGUUAAUUCGUGGAAAUCUACUCAUCCAUCUGCAAUCGCCGUCGAUGUUGCCAUUCGCAAUUUGCAAAGUAUUAGAAAUAAUACCUAUCAGAUUGCAAAGCAACUAUGAAUACUCCAAAUCGAUUGGGCUAAUUGCUGGUUUCCUGGGAACAACUUCAAUCACGACCUUUCAACGUAGACCGCAUCUUUUACUUUAUAUGUUUAUUUACUGUACAUGCACGCGUUCAUUGAAAAUGGGUUUGCACUAAGGGAUGGAAUAGGCCACACGGAUGCUUUAUAGCCGAUAUACUAACUUUCUUUCAUUUGAGAACAUAUUUUUUUUUAUUUCAGUAAGUUUAUUAAUUGUGAUCUUAUGAUGAAUGAGUAGAUAAGGGCGACGAUAAAUUAGAGAAAUUAUUAGAUUUAAAAGAAUAGAUUACUAUAGGCGAUCGAAAAUCAAAUAAACAAAAUUCUAUUGCGGUGAUAACUGGUGCGCAGCAACUGACUUAUGUAUCAAUAAAUACCAAUUAGUCUUUCGAAACAGAAAUUUUUAGUUCUUUUUCUUUCUUUUGUUGCUCUGGUUUUCCGCCAAGAAACAGCCAGUACCAUAAAAUCUAUCGCGACAGAGUUGACAUGCAGUAAACUCUGCCAAACAAAAGCUCUAAAUGGUAUAUACAUCUAAAAUUUACAUUAUAUAGCCUUCCGUCAUUUUGUUUCAUAACUAAUGAGCUUACGGUGAAAUAAAAAACUUUGAGCUGUC